AUGUCAACGGUGGAGAGGUGGUUGAACAGCUGGUGGAAGAGAUGGGUGGUGCUUGCAGUUGCGCCCAGCCUCGUGGUCAGUCUAAUACCUGGCUAAGUGCAACAAUGCCGCAGUGACGUUGUGACCUUGACGCGCUGCCCUCUCUCUCCCGCUCUCUCCCGCUCUCUCUCCCGCUCUCUCUCCCGCUCUCUCUCCCUCUCUCUCCCUCUCUCCCACCCCCAGGUAUGGUUCUGGUGCGCUAUGCCCUUUCCAAAGACCGAUCCCUACGACCCCAAUCCGCCUUGGUGCGAUCCUGAAAGCAGCCGUCUUGAAGCUCCUUGGUGCGGAGAUGGCGAUGGGAAUGGUGCCAGUCCCAACAGGGUGGAUGCCAACUUUUGGUUCUUUUUGCUCUUCUACUACGGCAUCUACUGCGCCGUCGGUGCGUUCACUCUGCGCCGGCAUCCUUUGCCCAGCUGGUGACGGCGCAUCAUUGCUGAUCGGUACACACUCUCUGCUCUUCUCCACAGCGCUGAUAUACAUCACGCAGCUAUUCUCCCUGUACCGCCUCAAUUGGUGGCCGCGCGCUUUGGGUGCUCGAACCAGCUACUUCACCUUUUGGCUGCUGAGUCUAGGCGCAGGCUACACUCUGCACACCUUCUCGCUCGAUGCCCAUGCAGGAUGGUUGCCACCCUGGCUGGGCGGUGGAGCGGGCGGAGGCACGGGUCACGACAAGGCUCCAGAUCGUCCCACCACCGACGACGAUAUCCAGUGGCAGCGCAAGACGCUCUGGGUAGGCCUCGCCUUUGCUACCAUGGCCAUGCCCGCGCUCGUCUGUCUGGCCGGGCUGAGGCGCAGCGGAAGGCAGACGUAUCGGCACAGCCUCACGGAAGCCCAAAAGAGUGAGUGGCAUGUACAAAGUUGCCUCGCAGCUUUGUCUCACGUUGCGACUGCGCUUCCCCCCCCAACUCCGGUCAGCGUUCUUGGAACGACAACUUGCUCGUCGUAUUCCAGCUUCCUACACUCGCUUCCUCUGGUUCAUGACCACCAUCGGUCUUGCCCUCGUGGCGCUCUUGGCAGGUCAAGGUUAUGCUAGCAUCUACCUCUCCUCCUUGCCCCACACGGGCUUUGAGGGAACGGCAUACGUCAUGUUCUGGACCGUCAAUGUCAACGUCCUCAUGCUCAUCAGCAUCUGGAUCCUGGAAGAAAAAGUGAGAAGCAGAGCGCUGCUUUUUUGCUUCAAGUACUACUACUUCUUGGUGAGUUGGAGUGCAGUAAGGUUUGUACAGCGCGCACAUCUGAUGGGGCCCUUUUUGUCGUGCCUCCCUCCGCUGUUGCAGGUCUACUUUAUGUGAGUGGGAAGGCGAACUGUGUGCCCGCCCGCGGCCUGCGACGGCCAACUCACACGCAUCUCCUGCGCGCACACUACAGCUUCUAUCGCAACCUCUUUGCUCGAUUGCGAUCAUUUGACCAAUUCGCAUUGAUUCAGCUGCUCAGCUCUUUCUGGGUCUGCAUAUGGUAUCCCUUCAGGUGCGUUGGACUACGGUCAUGGUGCCAUAUCUGGCCUCUGCAGUGUCCUUCUGACGUUUUGCUCGUGCUCUCUUUCAGCAUGACGAGCCUGUGUCACCGCAUCACACAAUACUUUAACCCAAAUCCUCGGUCCUGGGAAGAAUACGUCGAGAGCGUCGGUCUGGGUGAGAUGAUUGAGCGUUCUUCACUUUUUCUUUGUCAUCUCGACGCAGCGCUUACGCACGGGGUCAAUGUAGCGUUCUACCUGCGCAAUUUGGCGCAGAAUACGACCAUGCUAGCCUUUUUGGGUUGGGUAUCCAUCCUGCAUUUUGGAAGCAAUCAGCGUGAGUGGGAGCCAAUGUGCUCAGGCAAGGUCGCACCAUGCAUUCCUAACGCCUUCUUCUCCUUUCCCUCUCUUUCUUUUGCCACAGACCUGUACCCCUUUUUUGCGUUUGACGAUAAGCGCGAUCCCUACAACUACCAGCUGACCAUGCUUGGUUCGCUGGCCAUCUGGGCUAGCGAGCUAGUGAGCAGCUUCUUGGCCCGUUGGCUCUGCCUCUAUUGCUUCUCCGUCGACAUUACCAAUCUUGGCCUGGAUGAGAUGAGACAGCAUCCGGAACUCGUCACUAGCGUUGUUUGGUGCGUUGCUUGCGACCGUCGAGCAAAUGGAGCGCUCGCGGAGAGCACAGCAAAUGCUUUCCCCACUCACACCACCGCAUCUUCAUCCGAUCCCGCAGGACAUCCGUGCACGUCUUGCAAGAUUGUCUGCUCUUCCUCAUCAGGCUCAACUUUCGUUAG